AUGAUCAGGAUACAAUUGAGAAGCAUGUCCAACAAAACAUCCAAGAGUGAUUAUCCAAAGGAGUUUGUCAAUUUCUUGAACAGCUCGCAUUCCCCCUACCAUGCAGUUCAUAAUAUUAAAAAGCAUUUGGUGUCGAAGGGUUUCAGGGAACUGAGCGAACGUGAAUCAUGGGCUGGCCAAGUCUCACGGGAAGGCAAGUACUUUGUAACGAGGAACAGCUCUUCCAUUAUUGCGUUUGCCAUUGGCGGAAAAUGGAAACCUGGCAAUCCGAUUGCGAUUACGGGUGCUCACACCGAUUCUCCCGUGUUGAGAAUCAAGCCUAUUUCCAAGAGGGUUAAUGAGAAGUAUUUGCAAGUGGGCGUGGAAUGUUAUGGUGGCGCCAUCUGGCACUCGUGGUUUGAUAAGGAUCUGGGCGUUGCCGGAAGAGUUUUCGUCAGGGACGCAAGAACAGGCAAAACCAUUGCUAGAUUGGUAGAUUUAGAUAGACCAUUGCUCAAAAUUCCUACUUUGGCUAUUCAUUUGGAUAGAGACGUAAACCAAAAAUUUGAGUUCAAUAAGGAAACACAAUUGUUACCGAUUGGCGGUUUACAAAGGAACAGUGCCGAAACCAGCACUGAAAAGGACGCUGAUAAAAGUGGCUUUACCUCUAUCAAAACAAUAGUGGAGAGACAUCACGAAGAACUUUUGGAGUUAGUCGCCGAGGAACUAGCUAUCGAUGCGAUUGAAGACAUCGAAGAUUUCGAAUUGAUUCUCUACGAUCAUAACGCGUCCACUCUCGGUGGCUUCAAGAAUGAGUUUGUUUUCUCCGGAAGAUUGGAUAACUUAACGUCCUGUUUCACGUCAAUGCACGGUUUGACAUUAGCAGCUGACACGGAAAUUGAUCAGGAAGCAGGUAUUAGGUUGAUGGCAUGCUUUGAUCAUGAAGAGAUAGGCUCGUCCUCCGCACAAGGUGCUGACUCUAACUUCUUGCCUAACAUUCUAGAAAGAUUAUCCAUUUUGAGAGGUGACGAUUCAGAUAAAAUUAAGCCGUUAUCCAACUCAUCAAUCUUGGAAACCUCUUCCAAAUCAUUUUUUCUAUCUUCCGAUGUUGCUCACGCAGUUCAUCCAAACUACGCGAACAAAUAUGAAAGUCAGCAUAAGCCUUUAUUGGGCAGCGGUCCCGUAAUCAAAAUCAAUGCAAAUCAACGUUACAUGACCAAUUCGCCAGGUCUGGUCUUGGUGAAAAGGCUAGCAGACGCUGCUAAAGUACCUCUGCAAUUAUUUGUCGUGGCCAACGAUUCCCCAUGCGGUUCCACUAUUGGACCCAUCUUAGCAUCGAAGACAGGUAUCAGAACUUUGGAUUUGGGUAAUCCACUAUUAAGUAUGCAUUCAAUCAGAGAAACUGCUGGUUCUGCCGACUUGGAAUAUCAAAUCAAGUUAUUCAGGGAAUUUUUCGAACGCUAUUCUUCUAUAGAAUCAGAGAUAGUUGUCUAA